UAUGUAUAUACAUGGCAAGGAGGGAGAUGGGCUCAAAGCAGACACAGAAAACUGUCUCGUGGAAAAAGAAAAUCAAGAUAUCAGUUAUUUUGAUCAACAUUUUGUACAGAUCAUGUUUUGCGGGAUACAUUUCUUACAUGAAAUGCUGUUGAACUUGUUGAAAAUCAACAGAAAAAACAAGGUUUCAUAUCAUGUUUUCAUGUUACUUUUGUUAGCUCACGAGGUUCAUAUGAGAAAUCAGGAACCUCGUACUAACAAAUCUGAUUGGUCGAUUCGAAUCAGCUAUGCACUA